ACUCACAUUGUAUGAUUUUUCAAUAGUUUGUUAUUUACUGGGGUUCAUAAGUAUUUGUAUCCCUGAUAAGAUAAUUGCUAAUAUUUAGUGCAGAAGCCUAUGUGUGCAAUUAGAGGUCAGAUGCUUUCAGUAGUUCUUCACCGGGUUUUCACAUAUGGAAACAGGGAUUUUGGCCCAUUCCUCCACACAAAUUUUCUCUUAAAUCUGGGGCUGUCGUUGAAAAACACAAAAGUUUCUGCUCCAUCCGAAGAUUUUCUAUUCGAUUGAUGUCUGGAGACUGGCUAGCCCACUCCAGAGCCUUGAUAUGCCUUUUUACGAAGCCACUCCUUGGUCAGCUCGGCUGUGUGCAUCGGCUCAUUGUCAUGUUGAUUGAUCCAGCCACGACUCAUCUUCAAGUCUCUGAGGGAAGGAGGUUGUGGCUCAAAAUCUGACGAUACACUUUACCAUUCAUCCUCUGCUUUAUACAGUACAGUCGUCCUGUCCCCUUUGCUGAAAAGCAGCCCCAAAACAUGGUUUCCACCCCCAUACUUCACAGUAGGGAUGGUGUUCUUGGGAUUGUACUCAUCCUUUUUCCGCCACAAAACAAGAGUAAAGGUUACACAUAAAAGUUCUACUUUGGUCUCAUCUGACCACAUGACUUUCUCCCAUGACCCUUCUGCAUCAUUCAGAUCCCUGGCAAGCUUUAGACGGGCCUUCACAUGCACUGGCUUCAACAGGGAAACCUUCUAAACCAGGGGUGCUCAAUGUUUUUUGCUCCAAGAUCUACUUUUAAAUGAGACAACCUCCCGCGAUCUACCUUAAGAGAGGAGGGUGAACUAAAAAAAGAAAAAAAAGAAAAUGUACAGUUACAGUAAUUAUGCUUUGUGAGCAACAUAUGAGGUUAUGUUGCUCACAAAACACAAAUAACUGUGUACAUUUAAAAAGAUAUAAAUAAAAAAUGGACGGUAAAUUAUGUUUGCUCACAUAACAUAGUUAACUAUGUACAUAAUUUUUUUUUUUUUUUUUCCCUCCCAUGCCGCGAUCUACCCACACUAGCGUUGCGAUCGAUGUAAUGGGCACCCCUGUUCUAAACAAUGCAUGAUUUUAAACCAUUGCACCGCAGUGUUCUACUGACAGAGUAGCCUUUGAAACUGCGCAUCCAGCUGUCUUCAGGUCAUUGACCAGCUCCUGCCGUUUAGUACUAGGCUGAACCCUCACUUUUCUCAUCAUGAGAGAUGCCCUACGAGGAGAGAUUUUACAUGGAACCUUACUCUGAGGUAGAUUAUCAGUCAUGUUUAGCCUUUUGAAUUUUCUAACAAUUGCUGCAACUGUUGAUUUAUUCUCACCAAGCUGCUUUCAAAUUGUGCCAUAGCAUUUUCCACCUUUGUAGAGCUCAACAAUUUCUUCUCUGGUGUCUUUUGAAAGCUUUCUGGUCUCUAAAAGUUUUACUUGCAUGUUUUUUUUUUUUGUAUUUCGAUUUUAAGUCAAGAAAAUGUUUUAAUUUAUUUUUAUCUAAUCAAUGUGCAUGGAAUUUUUGUUUGGUCAAAAGAAAACUACCUUCGACUUGUCUUGUACUCGACUGACAUUAAUAAAUGGACCCAUUCUUGUAUGAAAAAAAAAAAAAAACUUUUGGACCUUCAAGAUUUGUAUUUGAGGACCCCUGCUCUAUGGUCUUGGCCAUGGUAGCAGUUGGAUUAAGACUGACAGUGGGGUGCACAGGUCACAAUAUUGAACUCAAAUGGGUGGUUAGUGGUUACUCAUGGGGUAGAGGUGGAGUUUUUUUGUUUUUUUUAAGGUAGACUGAUAACUCCGUGUCAUAAUUGCUGAUUCUCAGGGGUACACAUACUUAUGAACCCUGGUAAAUUCUUGCAAAAUCACAAGGGGUGCAAGUUAGAGACGUCCCAAUCACGUCCUUUUCAAAGUAUCGGAAUCGUCAAAAAAAUAUAGAACAUGCCUUUUUUUAAUAUAUAUACUGUAUAUAUUUUAAUUAAAUCGUUUUCUAAUUGUAUUUAACGUUACAGACAUAAUAUGUUACACUCAUCCAGAGUCUUUAGUUUAGGCUUAAGGUAGGGUUAUCAAAUGUAUCCCGUUACCGUCGUUAAUUAAUUUUUUAAAAAGUUUAUCACGUUAAAAUGUUUAACGCAUGCGCUGCACGACCCACUCUCGCAUUGUCGCGUUCAAUCUGUAAUGGCGCCAUUUUACCUUCAUAUAGAGCUAAAAGGCAGCGUAAAAUGAGUAAAGUGAAUUUUGGCAGCCUUUGGAGCAUUUUUUUAAUUGGCUAAAGCGUUACAAUCCCUCUCCCUACGAUUCAAAAUAUCGUGGGGAGCAAUGUGGGGAUGAAAGAUAGUAAUUGAUCUUAACACACUAUGUUAUUUCCCAACGCAGAGAAGAUAUAUCAAUUGGUACCACUACGCACAGUCAUGGGUGCACUUCCCAUCAUGCAUUUGGGCACAACAGUUAAAUGGCUACAGUAUCAUUUACUGAAAGCUCAACAAAUACACUAGAUGGCAAUAUUUAGUAGCAAUAUACAAAGUCACAUUUAUCCUUUAAGAAUUACAAGUCUUUCUAUCCGUGGAUCCCUCUCACAGAAAGAAUGUUAAUGUAAAUGCCAUCUUGAGGAUUUAUUGUCAUAAUAAACAAAUACAGUACUUAUGUACUGUACGUUGAAUGUAUAUAUUCGUCCGAGUUUUAUUUUAUUUUUUUUCUUAAUGCAUUGCCAAAAUGUAUAUGAUCGGGAAAAAUUAUCGGGAAUGAUUGAAUCGGGAGAAAGAAAAAAAAAGCAAUCGGAUUGGGAAAUAUCGAGAUCGGCAGAUACUCAAACUAAAACUAUCAGGAUCGGAUCGGGAGCAAAAAAACCCGAUCGGAACAACCCUAGUGCAAAUACUUCUUCUCCUCACUGUACAAUAAUAAUUGUUAAUAUUUACUUUUUUUUAAUUGACCAAAAAUUUUCACUUCCUCCCAUAAAGGGUGAAAAAACUUUUGAAUAGCCGUCCACUGUAGAGACCAAUGUCCCUGAAAGAGUUAAUCGUGUCCCACUUAUUUUCUCAUUACCGGUACUACAUUACUUUCCGAUUUGCUGGUUUUGACUGAAAAUGUUGCAUCUAGUACUAAUUUACAGUGGCGCCACCAGGGGGUGGCCACGGCCACCGCUAUAAAUUGGUUGGCCACCCCGCUUGCCAGUAUAUCGUUAGGUUGUUGUAGCAUCAGUUAUGCAUUUCAUCCCAAAUUAAUUAACGCAUUCGCUGUGCGACGCAUUGCCGCAAACAGCCUACAAUGGCGUCAUUUACUUCUAUACAGAGAUAAGAGGCAGUGUCAAGUGAGUGGAGUAGAUAAAAGCAUUCAUUGGGGCCGUGCUUUUAAUUGGCAAAAGCUUUGUCAUCUCUCCUACCGCAACUAUAAAUAUUGUGGGAAGCGACGUGGGGAUGAAUGACAGGAGUUGAUCUUUUUCUUAACACCCUGUGGUGUACCCAACGCAGAGAAUAUAUAGAAUUUGCAGCCACCACACACAGUCAUGGUUGCACCACUUCCCACCAUGCACUUGGGCAGAACAAGUCGCUACAGUAUCAUUUACUGAAAGCUCAAAAAAUACACUAGAUGGCAAUAUUUAGUCACAAUAUACGUACAAACUCACAUUUAUCCUUUAAGAAUUACAAGUCUUUCUAUCCAUGGAUCCCUUUCACAGAAAGAAUGUUGAUACUGUUAAUGCCAUCUUGUGGAUUUAUUGUUAUAAUAACCAAAUACAGUACUUAUGUACAGUAUGUUGAAUGUAUAUAUCCGUCUUGUCUUACCUUUCCAUUCAAACAAUAAUUUACAGAAAAAUAUGUCAUAUUUUAGAGAUGGUUUGAAUUGCGAUUAAUUUUUAAGCUGUGAUUAACUCGAUUAAAAAUUUUAAUCGUUUGACAGCCCUAGUUAAAUGUACACCUUAUGCCUAAUAUAUACAUAACACAAUAAAACAGAAUUGUUGUGGAACUCAAAAUGUUGACUGGACAGUUACGGACUAUGCACGUUAAAUCAUUAGUAACAUCAAAUAUUACACAAUACACCAAAGUAUAUCAGUAGUCGUGUUCUUAAGUCUUUCUGAUAGUUUUCCCCUGACCUUUUUACUGCAAUAUUAUAAUGAAAACCUGAAAUUAUGGCUUUGUUUUGGCCACCCUAAGAUUUUAAGUGGCCCCAUCUGGCCACCCCUAUGAAAAAUUUCUGGAGGCGCCACUGCUAAUUUACCCAAGCAUGAUUUUCAGUUCGGCUCCGUCGUAAAGCGAGGACUUCCCUGUUCGUAUGGAAACACGUGUUUGACCAGCGACGCGUCGGUUGUGUAGGUGCGGCUUCCUGCUCGGGCCACGCCCCCUCUUGCCCUCCGCACGCCGGCUGCGUGAAGGGGGAAGACGACGCGUGAACUUGAACGCAGCCUUGUCAGUCCAGUCCACGCAGGGGAGGAGACUGCUCGCGCGCGCGAGGAGGCCAGUCCGUCUUAUCACACAGCGAGCACCUGGACCGAACCGGCUUCUUUAGCCACUUCUCCUUAUUCUCGCUUUUGUUGUUGUUGUAGUUUUUGUGAAAGGUGGGAAGCGUGGAGGCAUCGUCGCGAUGUCCAGGCGCAAACUUGGCAGCAGACCGCAGCACCUGAGUGCCAUUCACGAAUCUCCUGACACAGCGGACGGAAGCGUCCCCCCGCCGCAGGACCGCCGCUUAGCCCCGCACAUCCUGACACCCGAUGGGGGCGGUGACCUCUUGACCUGCGGCCAGUGCAGCCUGGCCUUCCCCCUGGCGCACAUCCUGGCCUUCAUCCAACAUAAACAGGGCGGAUGUCUCCGACGAAACCAAGUUGCCCGCGCCGCCCCCCCCUCGCCUGCCCACCGGGCCUUGCAGCAUCAUCGCGCCACUGCCUCAGCCGUGCCAGGCUUCAUAGAGCUGAGAAGGGAGGAGGCGGCGGCCACGGAGCGAGGCUGGGGGGCGGAGCUCGAUGUGAAGGUGGAGCCUGGCAAAGCAGGGUCCGAGGAGCCCUCCUAUUUCACAUGCCAGCAGUGCGAAUGUGUGUUUCCUUCUGCAUGGGCUCUGCUAAAACACGCCCAGCACACGCAUUCCUUCAGCAUCUACCAGGAAGACGAAGACAACGAGGACGUUGGAGCGAGAGGAGUUCUGAAGGAGAACCAAGCUGUCGCGGCCACACUGGAUCCUCGUCACCUGAGUCAAGCGCUCGCCUCAGCCUUCCAGCCCUCCGCCUUGCGAUUGGCUCGCUCCCGGCCGGCACCUCCUGCAGCGUCCCCUGACAACCUCCAGGCUCUCAACUUCUCGGAGCGUCUGAGGGUGCUCGCUGUGGGCACCAACAACAUGAAUAACCCCGUUGGCGGUUCGCCAGGAGGCUCUGCGCCAUCCCCGUCCUCCUCCCCGCCAGCAGCGUCCCCUUUUCCUCAAGCGGGAGUCCUUCAGUCCGGGUUCCCCUGCGAGCUGUGCGACCACAGCUUCCAGUCCCCGCGCGCUCUCUCCGCUCACCGUCGGACUCACGCGUGCGAGAGGCCGUACCACUGCGGAGUAUGCGGCCAGGCCUUCUCCCAAAGCGGUCUACUGGCCCGUCACAUCAGGGGCCACCACCGGGAGGCUGCGGGGAGUGGGUACGACUCAGCAGAUAUGGUGGUGAUAGACACCACCAGGGGGAGGCUCCAAAUGCAACCGGGGAAGGGGACAACUGAUGUUCGAGCGCAAGGCCCCUCAGAGUUGGACCCGAAGCUCCCCGCUGUCGCCUCAAGUCUGAUGUUGCUCCCCUCGCAGGUCAGACCUCCGGAUAGAGAGCUGCUCAGGUUCUACCAGAGCCGAAGAGACUGCGGCGAAGAAGAGGCCGAGGCUCGGGUAGAGCCCCGGCGCGCCUCCCCGUGCGCCAGCCCUUCCGAGGGCUCCCUGGAGAGCGGAGAGACAGGCGGCAGCGGUGAAAGUGGCAUCGCGAGCGGGAACUGCACGCCCAAGCGGCCAGAGAUCAACGAACGGCCAGAAGUGGUCGACUUCAGCUCGGCCCAGGUCAGCGAGGCGGUGCAGGAGUGGCAGCGGGAAAACGAGCGGAGGAGUGGGGUAAGCUCCGACGUCACGUCCAGCUUGACCGCCAAAAAGAAGAAGGACGAGGCAUGCGAGUACUGCGGCAAGCACUUCCGCAACAGCAGCAACCUGACGGUGCACCGCCGCAGUCACACAGGAGAAAGGCCGUACCGCUGCGGCUUAUGCAGCUACGCCUGCGCUCAGAGCUCCAAGCUGACGCGGCAUAUGAAGACGCACGGCGCCCAGGGAGCCAAGGCACCCUUCUUGUGCCAAUUGUGCGCCGUGCCGUUCACAGUCUACGCCACCCUGGAGAAGCACUUAAAGAAGGUGCACGGCCUCAGCCAUGCCAGCGUGGGCGCCUACGCUCAGGUCAGCGCCAACGACGCCUUGGCCGCCGCCAAGGUCGAAGAAGCGGCGGUGGUUGUAAAAAUGGAGGAGGAAGAAGCCAGUCUUGAUCAGAUCGUCGACAUGGCAAAGGGAGGACAUAAUAAGGAGGGUAGCGCGGGCAGUCCUUCCAUGGCUUUGACCCCUACUCCCUUAGAGCCCCCAUUCAAACUAAACCAUAUGCAGGACUGAACUGUUCUUGCAAUAAAACCAAUCUCUCACUCACUGGACUCUUGACAAAACAGGGGUCGAAAAAAGUAGCAAAACUGAAGCAGUCGUAUGCAAAUUAAAAAAAAAAAAAAAAAUUCAAAGCUGCGGGCUGAGAAAGUGCCUACAUGUGUGAAUACACACAACAAAACGGUGACAUUCAACAGGGACAUUACCAGCGCUGCAGAACAGGAAAUGAACUGCAACAGUCCACGCCAACACAGGAAACCUCGUCGUCGCCUUGCAGGUGGUGCGAAGGCGCCAUUUGUGACCCACCGGACAUGUAACUGUCGGGUCAGAGAAAGAAAUGAAUGACGCCAACAGAAAGAUGCAAAGAAGUUUCUGGUCAGGUCUUCUAAAGACUGGAAUGCAAAUGCUGUCUGUGCAGUGUGUCAACUUUCUUCGCCAUGUUUACAGGCAUUGCCAGGACCCGGAGAGGUUGCACGCCUGUCUCCUCGAGACAAAUGUGAAUAGACUUUUUCUCGUGUGUGAGCUUUUACAGGAUUACUUUCUAUGCAGCAAAAGUGUGGUUCUCUUCCCGUUGCGUGUGAAACAGGUGUAUAUUAACUUUCUGUUCUUGUUUACAUUUGUGAAAUGUCCAACUGUUUGGAGCCCGAGCAUGUUUAGCAGCUUAUUUCCUGUUCCUGUGUGUUUUUAAGAAUAAUAAUUUGUAAUUUAUAAACGUUGCACCUUGGUGGUUGAGAGAGUGGAGAGGCGCACUUGAUGAGCACUUGUUUUUGUGUGUGUGUGUUUGAAUGUGUAUGUGUGCAAUGACACUUCAACUGUGGCCGCGUGUGCUCACAACUCAAAACACAUUUGUCCUAUUGUGCGUGCGUGUGUGUGUGCGUGUACUGUCGAUUCAUAUCAGGGACCAAAAGAAACCAUGUGCGUUGUGUAAAGGCAGUGUAACUGUUCAGGGAUGAUUUUUUUUGUACAUAUCUUGACAAUCUUGCCGUUAUUGUUAUUCUUAUUAUAUUCUUAUUUCCUGUUGCUGUUACAUGCCCACAACCUCCCCUGUUGAUUGUCGCUUUUUAGGCUCAACACUUGCCUGUCUGACACUGUUUUAUAACCUUGUCUUGCGGAGCCUCAAUAAAGAGCUGAGGUGUAUUCUUGCAUUGUUGUGUCUAAUUUUAUCUUUGUUGUUUAACUUUUGUCUGUUGGACAUUGGGAUUACAAAAGUUAGUAAACUCAACCCAAAAAACCCCCCAAAACACUGAAGUUUGUUGCAAAACUGAAUAGGAAUACACAGAAAAAUGUAUUUAUACUUAUACGCUAUACAACGAUUAUCGAUACAUUGGUCAG